AUGUCGGGAGGGCAGCGACAGCCCCGGACUGGAAACAGAGGAGGUACCACACCCAUGCAGCCGCCUCCGACCGACUGGAGGACAAUUGCGAACAUGGCUGCGAAUAUACCCAACAGUCUGUACGUGUCACGGACAGCUUAUGACUACGAUGCGGACACUGACAUCAUGAUCAGGGAAAAAUGUUGGAGCAUUUGUAAGAAGCUGUUGCAAAUCGCCGGGAUAAUGUUCGUCGUGGUCGUCGCCAUUCUUCUGCCAUACUUUACGGGUGAAAAGGGACCUGUGGUGUCAGCUGGACCACCUGGCCAUGUCGGACCCCCUGGGCCACCCGGCCCUCCAGGGAAGACCGGACCCGCGGGGCCGUCUGGUCCUGCUUCUGCCGGACCUCCUGGACCUCCAGGGAAGACCGGACCCAGGGGGCCACCUGGCCCUGCCUCUGCCGGGCCCCCUGGACUUCCAGGAAAGACCGGACCCGUGGGGCCACCAGGCCCUGCCUCUGCCGGACCUCCUGGACCUCCAGGGAAGACCGGACCCAUGGGCCCACCUGGCCCUGCCUCUGUCGGACCCCCUGGACUUCCAGGAAAGACCGGACCCGUGGGGCCACCAGGCCCUGCCUCUGCCGGACCCCCUGGACCUCCAGGGAAGACUGGACCCAUGGGCCCACCUGGCCCUGCCUCUGUCGGACCCCCUGGACUUCCAGGAAAGACCGGACCCGUGGGGCCACCAGGCCCUGCCUCUGCCGGACCCCCUGGACCUCCAGGGAAGACUGGACCCAUGGGCCCACCUGGCCCUGCCUCUGUCGGACCCCCUGGCCCACCAGGACCCCCUGGACCUGUCGGCCCAGCUGGCCCCAGGGGAAAGGACGGGUCUCCCGGGCCCGCUGGGCGGCCCGGAAGGCCGAGAAUCCCAACAUGCCGGCCCCCCACGAAUGGAGGGUCUUGUCCCAGUGGCUAUAAGAGGAACCGCAGGAUGUGCUACAGGGUGUUCAACACACUUAAGACGUUCAUCGAAUCAGUCACCACCUGCUGUGCAGAAGGAGGCACCCUCGCCAUGCCCCAAGACGCCGAUAUCAACGCCUUCCUAGCCUCCCUCUAUGUGGCAGAGAAAAGGACACUGGACACGAGCCGCCGGUCAUACCAUGAUGGCCUGUUCUGGAUCGGCCUUCAGGAUCAAGAAAACGAGGGCACGUUCAAGUGGAUUGACGGCUCGGCACCAGGAAGGUACACACUGUGGAAUCCGGGUCAACCGGACAGCGGUAAGGGCGAUGAAGACUGCGUUGUUUCUGGCAACGUCUGGAACCGGGGACACAAGUGGUACGACGCACCCUGCGACUAUCUGUUCCGCUUCGUCUGCCAGGUGAUUCCAGGACGUACCUAGGCAACUUGUUCGGCUCUCUACACCAGUUGUGGGGCAGUUCUUCAAUAGGACUUUAGUCAUCAGAGCCAGAAAAACUAAAGGAAGGACGUCAACUUUGGGGCUAAAGCAAGAGGCUUAACAACCAAUAUUCUAGCGAGUGUGACAGAAGACAAUUGUGCUGAGCCGACCAAACAGUAGGAAAUCAUAUCAUUUUGUAACAUUA